CCCCACACGUGCUCACACGUGGUCGCGCUGCCGUGAGUGCACCGACAGUUCUUACUACACGAAGGGAGGGAGCAGGUAGCAGAACGUAAGCGCGUAUGUAUAGAUAACGGUGCCUUCCUCGCGAGCAACAGAAGCGGUUGCGUGAUCCAGCCGAAGCCUGGAUCACCUAGAUCAGUCUCUGCUCGUCGUCGACCGGCAACUGCACGCCUUUCCGAUUCUCUUCGCGUCCGACUCGUCUGCGGCCUUGGCCAUGGACAGAAUGCGGCUGACGUAUAUGUCGGCCGUUGCUGUUGGUGCCGGGACGGUGGUCGUCUUCAUUUGGUGGUGGUGGAAGACCAAGAGCCAAAAGGAUAGGCCACCUACGCAAUGGAGGAAAGUCGGCGAACUCAGCGAUCUGAUCGCGUUUCCGAUUAAAUCGCUAGGACCUGUGCGAUUGAACACUAUGGAGUGCACGAAACUGGGUCUGAAGUCUGGUUGGAUGAGGGAUAGAACCUUGAUGGUCAUCGACCUGAAUGGACACUUCGUCACUGCCAGGCAGUGGCCGAGAAUGGUCCUGGUGUCACCAAGCGUGUCUGGGUCAGUCUUGACGCUCUCAGCACCUGGGAUGAUGUCGAUGUCCAUCGACUUGUCGCGGAUUCAAGGCAAGAGCUUCCGGGUGGCCGUUUGGGGACAACCUGUCGCAGCUUGCGACUGCGGCGAAGAAGCAGCCAGGUGGCUAUCGAGAUUCCUUCUUCUGGAAGACACAGGUUUCAGACUGGUUUACUAUCCCUUGUCUGAGCCGAAACGGAGUCUUCGAGAAAAGUCCAAGAAGUUUGGCUUUACUUCUGACGAUCCUGGAGCUUAUCCAGACGAAUCGAGCUACUGUCUUAUGAACGAGGCAUCAGUGGCAGACUUGAACACCCGAUUGGAAGAACCGGUGAAUCCAGACCAGUUUCGUCCUAAUUUCGUCGUGAAAGGAGCGUUACCUUACGAAGAGGAUGGCUGGCGCUGGAUAAAGAUAGGCAACGUGGUCUUCAAGAACCUGAUGCCAUGCACCAGGUGUAUACUGACCACCGUCAGUCCAGAAACCGGGACGAAGUGUCCUAACGUGGAGCCACUGAAAACCCUAAAAUCUUACAGGCAGGCAGUGGACCCCGAACUUCGUCGUCUCUUCGGCGAGAGUCCAAUAAUGGGAUUUCACUUAGGCAUAAGAGGUCGACCCGGCAGCGUGCGAUUAGGCGAUUCAGUGUACGUCGGUGUUCCUGAGGAACAGCCACCGUUGAUCUCGCCACCCUAGCUACAUCGAUGGGCUUCCUGCGAAGACGAACAUAUCGUCUUCAAGGAAGUCCGAGGAUUGUCGAGCAAAGACUCUUCAUCCGCGAACACCGCCACCAAGGACAAUACGUAACGAAAAGCCUAAUCGAAGUAAUGUGUCUCAAUUUCGUUGGCCUAACGGUAAAUAUGAUGACCCUUACACGAAUUGAAUACAGUCGUUAAAGUGAUUAGAGUUAAGCAGCCAAACCGCGUUGGAACGAUUCGUUGUUCCAAUCAGAGAGCAAUUGAUAGAAUUAAGUUGUCUAAACUAUAGUUGUCCACGGCGACUUGAAACCUGACAGACGCUUGAUAAUCGUAUGAAUCCCAUCGACAAUACUACCAAUCGCGUUUGGGUUUCGAAGAAAUGUUGAUCCGAAGAGUAAUUUACCGCGGGAAUCAUUGCUCGAGCGUAUUUUUGCUAAAUAGCGGUCAUAGAUCUUAAAAUCGACGUUGUUGAUGCAGAAACCUUUGUCGACUAUUUAUAUUUGUAUCGAUUAAUAAACAAUUAAGAGAGGAAGA